GUGUAAGGUGAGUGUUAAGCUGGGCACGGCUUCACUAACUCCCUUCCUCCCUGACGACCAACACCACGGGGUAAUAGACAAGAUGGUGCUGGUGGGUCUUUUCUCGUCAGGGCGCCGCAAGAGUCCACCUGCCUCCUCCUCUUCUUCCUCCUUACGUUUGUGGACCGUGGCCUCGGUGCUGUCGACGGUGGUCCUUCUUACAGCCGCCGAGGAACGUUCGAGCCGUGCAGAGAGAGUCGCCCGCGACAGUGAGCUAGAAGGCUUGCUGGAUCUAGAAGUAUGCUCGGCAGCAACUCGGGCCCCGAGCAAGGUCAGAUCCGACCCAAAUCAAAUCGCCGGGAGGAUAGCGUUACUGACUAAGCGGUGCCUUGAAUACCUAGACGAGCAUAAAGAAGAAUAUACCAACCAUCUGCUGUCCAUGGGCUGGAGUAAGGCCAACGCUCGUGAGCCCCCGAAACGGAGCGAGGAUGAUGAAGACGCUAGCGAAGUGUACGAUCACGAAACGUACCUUCCUGUGGUCCCCGUCGGCAUUCCUACGCAGCCAGACCUCAACAAGGAGCUCCUGAAGGCGUACUCUCUCCUGCAGCAUUACGAGGUUGUCCUUUCUCACCUCGCCCUUGACCAGAACGAGUUUUCCGAGAAGACUGAAUACAGGAAGUACAUUCAGGACAUUACACUGGAGAUCGAGAACCUGCUUUGUCGCCUGCUCAUCGACAUCAUGGGGCAGGGACUCUCGCCUGACUUCAAAACUAGAAAUAAACUCGCGUCUGAAAUCUACCGUCGGGAGCAUAAUUCAGGACGGCGGGAGACGAGAGACUUUGUAUUUCUACGAGACACCCGGGCGGGACUCCAGUACAUCCACGAUACGUUCUCAAUUUUCCUGUAGGACAUGUAAAUGAGUCAUAAAUCACGGCAGCCACUAUAAAUAAAAUUCGCCUGCGCCAUUAACGGAUUGGGGCAGUCUAAGAGGUCCCUCAAGAUAGCCUACCGGCGCUACGGGAAAAAAUAAAUAAAAUAAAUAAUCCUCGAUCUUCCGUGACUCAUGAAAAAGAGUAAUUGAGUGAAAGGUUGAUCCAUGAUAGUGUAAUGUGGCACGUUUCUUCACUUCUAUUAGUAUUUCGGUGUGGUUAUAAAGCCUCUUCUCUAUACUGUUAUUUUUUAAGCCUGUAAAUACUAUAUCACCGCUCAGGAUCUAUUUAUGUGAAGUCCUUAUUAUAGCCAAGAGAAACGUAGGCUACCGUAGCAGCUCGAGGCUUACGUAGGUACUUACUUAUAUAAUCGAAGUUUUGGUGGUGCUGUCAUUUACUCGUUACCAGCUGCAGGAUAUAUUUGCCAUUCACGGAUUGGGGGUCUUCAUCCCUUAGGCCUAUUGAAUUGCAGCUGUUGUUGAGGAACCUUCAAUUUCUACUCCUUUUUGCAUGGGGUUCCCUACAAAAGAAUAUAUAUCACUAUUAUUAUUAUUAUUAUUAUUGUUAUUAUUAUUAUUAUUAUUAUUAUUAUUACUAUCAUCAUUAUCAUCAUUACUAUUGUUGUUGUUAUAAUCAUCGUCAUUAUCAUCAUCAUCAUCAUCACACACUUUAUUCAUAGGGAAGGGCAUAUAGGGAUGGCAGGAGGGAAGAUGCUUCAAACUCGAGCUCUCUAGGUUUUCAAUAAGGUCCAAGGAGACAAAAUAGAUAAGAUAGACCGUCUGAUAGAGCCUCUAGAGUCCUUGGUUUAUAGCUUGCCGCCUGUAAAUGUGAAGGGUUAGGGGAGAGAGCGGUAAUGAUUCGGACAUUGAUAUUUUACAUUUUUCAUCCACAGGUGUUGCAACAUGUUAUGAAAAGGUUAAUUUGGUUGAUUUAUAUGCAGAUAUGCUUGUGAGAAAAGGAAAGGAAAGGAAAGGCUUGUGAGAAGGAAGCCAUAUAUAAUUCCAUAAUUCUUGAGAUAUUUUUUUUUUUUUACAUUCUCCUUUUUUAUAUAUAUUUUUUUCCAAUAAAUAUUGAGAGGAUACUUAUGUGGUUAUACAGAUGUCUUGUAAUAUAUAUUUUCUUGUUUAUUGGCCAA